CAAGGCGCCGGGAGCUGCUGACAGGACCAGGUCAGAAGGGGUUCCCUGAGCAGUGCUGCUGCAGCCGGAACGCCUGGGGCAGCACGAAGCAGCAGCCGGUAGCGUGCACUCUCCCCUCCAAGCCCGCCAGGGCUCCCUGCCUCGGAGCCCAGCAACUCUCGGCGGCGGUCCACGCACGCAUCUCCGAGGACCCUUGCCUCACCUGCGCCUGCCACGCCCCGUCCGGCCGCCAGGAUGAGCGAGCUUAACACCAAAACAGCUCCAGCAACCAACCAGGCCUCUGACCCUGAGGAAAAAGGGAAGCCUGGCAGCAUCAAGAAGGCGGAGGAGGAGGAAGAAAUCGACAUUGACCUGACAGCGCCAGAGACAGAGAAGGCAGCCCUUGCGAUCCAGGGCAAGUUCCGGCGAUUCCAGAAGAGGAAAAAGGAUUCCAGCUCCUGAGAGGCCAGCCUUCCCUUAACCGUCCUACUUUCUCUCUUCCCUCCGCGGCUCUGACUCUCACGUGUCCCUUCAUCCCUCUAGCCUCCCUCCCGGGCAAGCUUAACCUUCCUAUAUUCUUGUCUCAGGCUCUCUUAAGCCAUCACAGCAGUAGAGGCACAGGAUGCGAAGUUGAAGAGUCCAGUUGGCAGUCGCUAAGCUAAGGGCAGAUCAGUCCACUUAGGAGAACUAAAGGUUUUGAGGUUUGUCUCUCCUCUUUGCCUAGCGCUAAGGACAGGAGGGGAAAGCCCUCAAAGGGCAGACCCUCAAGGUGGGGCGCGUGCGUGUAGGCUUCUGCCAGUCAUACCAUUAACACUUCAAGUAACAAUCUCAGCUCCUUCUGCACAACUCUUCCCGCCUCCCGUGAUUCAGCCGCAGUGAAGCUGCCCUUUCGUUCUCCUGGGCAGACCUAAAUCAAGGAGCUUGCAAAAUAUGGGGGUGCAUGCCUUUAGUCCCAGAACUUGGAAGGCAGAGGCAGGUGGAUCUUUGUACAUUCAAGGCAGCCUGGUUGACAUAGCGAGUUCCAGGUUAGCUAAGGUUACAUAGACCCUGUCUCAAAAAAAAAACAAAAAAAACAAAAUGAACAAACAAAACCAAUAAAACCUACCCAUGCAAAAAUAAAAAUAACUAUAAAUAAAUAAAUAAGGCAGCGUAAUUCAUUAGUGCAUGCUGAGUAGAUUCAUCCCCAGGAAAGAAAACUGGGGCAAGGAAAAGCUUCCCUCACCAUCCAGACUAAGGUCAGAAGAGCCAGAGGUGGCAGAAGGUUCAGGGACGACAGGCCGGGAAAUGAAAACUGAGAAUGUUUAGGAAGAACAGCGAAGCAGAGAUGGUCAAGAUGUCUGAAGCUACACGCUAUUACUGUUAACUAAGUACUCCACGAGGGGCUCUCUGGCCUUUGCUAACCUGCCUACCUCUACCCGCCCCCAUCUCUAGUCAUCCCCAGAGCCAUGUGAACCAAGUGACACCCCUCCAGUUCUCAGCCACCCCACUGUGGAGUCAGGGCAAACAUCGCCACUGUAUGUGACUUUAGCAUGUUUAAUAAUUAUGACAAUAAAACAGCCCUCAAAUGGGGGCAUUGAACCUCUACCAGUGGUUUGCGCGGGUACCUCUACUAAUGGCGUGCGUGCGUGCGUGUGUACGUGUACGUACGUAUGUACGUACACGUACAUGGGUGCGUAAGUGCAUCAAGGUGCGUGCGUACGUGUGUGCGAGCAUUUCCCCCCUUGGGCUGAACAUGAAUGAGCACCUAAGCUGUCCCAGGGAGGGUGGUAGAGAAACCGCAUCGUUUAGAUGGUGGCCCAGGAAACUAAUAUAACCUAGUACAUUCCAGCUGAAGCUAAGCCUGCCCACCUCCUGCUGCCCUUGCCCUCACCUUGACGCACCGCCCACGCUGUGUCUUUGCUGCUGUCACCACCCCCAGGAUACACCUGCAAGGGUGACAUCUUCCUGCUCUCCUGCCAGCUAUGAGCACACUUGGUACAUGUCUCUGAAAACAAACCUAUUCUCCCUUGCUUAUCCCCAAAUGACCUCUUCUAGGUUUCCCUCCUACUUGGUCUUCCUCCCAGAUUCUCUCCUCCCCUCCCAGCUGAUACAAUUAAGAGAUGGAGACAAUGACUCUGGACACUGAGAGUUCUGCUAUCACACCAAAGGCCUCAAUGAGAAAGUAAAUAAAAAUAAUGCUUUUCAAGUGA